AUGCUGUCCACUUUACCACGAAUGCCUAUCUUUGAGGCUUUGGCAAAGCACGACCCUACGCACACAGCCGUGGUACAUUCUAUAUCACAGCGAAAGUAUACAUAUGGGCAGUUACUCCAAGAUGUCUGUAACACUAGACAAAAGCUGGCGGAGAGUCUCAAUAGCGCGGCUUUGGAAGGAGAGAGAGUAGCUUUCUUGAUCGAAAAUAAUUACGAUUAUGUAGUGAACCUCUUAGCAAUAUUCAGUAGCAAUGCCGUAGCUGUUCCUCUUGCUCCUUCUUUCCCUUCAAGCGAAUUGCGAUAUAUUAUAGAUCAUUGCGAGGCGCAUCUGCUGCUGGCUUCGAGCAAAUAUCACGAGAAGGCAACAGACGUUGUAAAAGAAGGCCUACAGACUGCGACGCAUAUCUCUAUAGUCGACAAACUUGUUCCCAAUGAUAGUCAAGACUAUGAUGUUAGAAUAGAGGACCCCGUUGAGUGUAAAAGUGGAAUGAUGCUAUAUACUUCAGGUACAACGAAUCGCCCGAAAGGAGUCCUGCUAUCCCAGUCCACACUAUCAGCCCAGUCUCUAUCGCUUCUCGAAGCUUGGAAAUAUUCUCCGUCUGAUUACCUCCUACACGUCCUUCCAUUGCACCAUAUACAUGGAACAGUCAACGCAAUCCUAGCCCCUUUAAUGGCAGGUUCGACAAUCGAAUUCAUGUUCCCAUUCAAUGUAGAUGCUGUAUGGAAACGUCUUGCAGCGCCAUUUCUGGCAAACAAGCAACAAACAUGCGACAAGAUUACAUUUUUCACGGCAGUUCCUACGAUUUAUGGGCGUCUACUUCAGUCACAUCCAAAUCUUUCUUCAGAGCUUCAGGAAGCGACUAGAAUGGCAGUGUCUCCCCAAAAUCUCCGACUCAACAUCUCCGGAUCAGCUGCAUUGCCUACACCUAUAAAGUCGGCAUGGGCUCUCCUAAGCCACGGCAAUGUGCUACUUGAAAGAUUUGGAAUGACCGAAGUAGGUAUGGCGCUGAGCUGCGGACUAGACUUCAAGGAUCGUGUAGACGGUAGCGUUGGGUGGCCACUGCCCUUUGUUGAAGCUCGACUCGUCGAUACAGACAACCAUCACGUUAUCCCGAUCGGACAAGAACUUGACGAAGACGGUGCAGAGCGCCAUGGAGAAAUUCAGCUCAGAGGCCCGACGGUGUUUCAAGGCUAUUGGCAGAAUCCCGAAGCUACGGCCAGCGAGUUCGUCAAAGGUGAGGAUGGGAAGGGUGCCUGGUUCAAGACAGGAGAUAUAGCUGUGCGACGCCAUGUCCACAGUGCAGGACAUAGUGAGGCUGUAUGGGCAAGGGGGCCCCUGUACUUCAUUCAAGGCAGAAAGAGUGCGGAUAUCAUAAAGAGCGGUGGGGAGAAAGUCAGCGCUCUUGAAGUAGAGCGAGAGAUGCUCUCAUUACCUGAAAUAUCCGAAUGCGCCGUUGUGGGAGUACCGUCGAAUUCAUGGGGCCAAAAAGUAGCUUCAGUUGUAGUCCUCUCAGAGAAAGGUCUCACGGGAGGCCGCAAUGGCAAACCCUGGGGUCCGAUGGAUCUGAGACGUGCGUUGAGAGAAAGGCUUGCGAACUACAAGAUCCCGCAGGAGAUGAAGGUACUCAAGACCAUUCCAAGGAACGCCAUGGGCAAGAUCAAUAAGAAACAGCUCGUGCUCGAUAUUUUUGAAGGUGGCUCUCCUCCUCCUGAGUAG